AUGAUGGUUUCCAACUCCAUACUUGGAGGGAUUGCCGACACUGUCGCCCAGACGAUCACUGCGAUCCGACAGCGAGCCCUCAGAAAGCAUCCAAAUGGUCGGCUGGACCCGCGUGAAGAUGCCCUUGCUAUUGAAAUCCAUGAGCUGGACCGCAAGAAUCCGUUUAGCAAGCAUGAACUAAUCCCCGAAUCGAAACUGUUGCCGCCGCCGUUCGACUUUGAACGGCUAACUCGUUUCAUGGCGUACGGCUUCUUCAUGGCCCCAAUCCAGUUUCGUUGGUUUAAGUUCCUGGAACGGUCGUUUCCUAUUACGAAGUCCAGUGCCUUCCUGCCCGCCAUGAAACGAGUGGCCUUCGACCAGCUGAUUUUCGCACCAUUUGGUGUCGCUUGCUUUUUCACAGUUAUGACAAUUGCCGAAGGAGGAGGUCGCCGCGCCGUUUACCACAAGAUGAGGGAUAUGUAUGUGCCAACUUUGAAGGCAAACUAUAUGAUUUGGCCAGCUGUGCAGGUGAUCAACUUCCGCUUGAUGCCAGUCCAGUUCCAGCUGCCGUUUGUAUCAACAGUUGGAAUCGCUUGGACCGCCUAUUUGUCCCUCACAAAUGCCGCUGGAGAUGUACAAGAAAGUCGACUUCUGCAGCCGGGGGAAAUUCGACUGCCGUAG